ACAACCGGAUCUGCAUACACAAAAGAGCAACUGCAGACCGUCGGAGAAGAAAUGCGAAGGAUGGCAGUAAAAAAGGUCUCCUCCCUCGGGGUCACCACCUUCACCCUGUGUGCUUUGUGCAUUGACCGCCUUCGCGCCGCCACCAACGCCCAGAUGUAUUACGAGAUGAUUGAAAACUGCGCCUCCACGGCCGCCAAGCUGGCCGUUAUCUGGAUCGGGGCUCUCCUAUUGGCCCUGCCAGAGCUCCUGAUCCACCAGCUGGUCACUGAAGAUGGCGAGCCUCCGGAUGUGACGCCCUGCCAGCGCUGCGUGGUUCGUAUCUCCACCGACCUCCCCGACACGCUCUACGUGCUGGGCCUGACCUAUGACGGAGCCCGCCUCUGGUGGUAUUUUGGCUGCUACUUCUGCCUGCCAACGCUGUUCACCAUCGGCAGCUCCCUGGUGACCGCCCGUAAAAUCCAGCAGGCCGAGCGGGCCUGUGUGCGUGGCAACAAGAAGCAGCUCCAGCUGGAGAACCAGAUGAACUGCACGGUUGUGGCGUUGGCCAUCCUCUACGGCUUCUGCAUCAUCCCUGAGAACAUCUGUAACAUCGUUACAGUCUACAUGGCAGCGGGUGUGCCCAGACGGACCCUGGACAUUCUCCACCUGGUCAGCCAGCUGCUGUUGUUCUGUAAGUCGGCGGUGACACCCGUCCUGCUGUUCUGCCUGUACCAGCCCUUCAGCCGGGCCUUCCUGGACUGCUGCUGCUGCUGCUGUAACGAGUGCGGCCCUCCCAGGUCUUCCACCACCGCCACCACCAGCGAGGAGAACGAGCACGAGUGCACCACCACCGACCUGGAGCUGUCACCAUUCAGCACCAUCCACAGGGAGGCAUCCUCCUCCUACACCACCGUGGGGACCCACUGCUGAGAGGUCAAAGGUCAUGACCUCCUUCAGAAAGUUACAACUGCCCUGUGAAGAGUUCAAGAGGUCGGACUUUAAACCAAUUGGACCGGUUUCCCCACGCCCAGGUUAAGGUUACUCCUGGAAUAAAAGGCAUGCUCAAUGGACAAUCUCCAGUGAGAGUGCUUGUAAAUCAGAGAAUAGGCUUAAUCUGAGUCUGGGAGUCCGGCCCCUAAGAGUUACGAUCAGUUCAUUUUUUAUUCCUGUCAAUUUAGGAAUUGAAUUGAUAAUGCGGAUAAAGGGCACAUCCCAUUCUAAAUCCAUGUCCACUUCAUUUCCUGAAUUUCCUUUGAAUUAAAUUGACGUAAACUCUGGUGGACAUCUGUGUCUCGGUCUACUUAAGGGCAGAGUUCUGUAUACGUAUUAUACUGUCUGUCCACUCUUUGUUUACAGCAGUGGUCACCAACCGUGGUCGAUCUCCAAGGCAUUCCUAGUCAAUCACCAAACAUUUCUGUAAAAAAAUAAACAAUAAAGCCUUGCGUUCCUAUUUUGUUAUUUGUUUUGCGCUGUUGGUGGUAGUUGCACUUUAUUUUUGAUUUGUUUUAGGUUUUAAGAUGUAGGUGCACUUGAUUCAGCAGCCCUAGCGCCAGGAAGGCAAAGUCUUCCCAUUUUGAAUCACGUUUUUUAAAUAGAAUUUCCAAAUGGUCUGAGAAGAAAAACAUUGGCAUGGAAAUAUCGGGCCUAUAGCCUACUGCACAAACCUCAUUGUUACAGAACUGUAAUUGGUUAAUGUUGCAAAGGCUUACGUUUUCUAAGUCAUGUUUAAAACAAAUCUGAGCAGUAGAUCUCAGCUUCCAUUUUGACUCAAAGUGAUCUUCACUCAAUGGUUGGUGACCACUUGUUUACAGAAACCAUACGGAAAGGAAUACAUAUGUAUAGUUCAAUUCAAUUUAUAGCAAAUUCAUUAUAAACUCACCAGUGUUUUCUCUUUUUAAUUAUUAUAUAAUUUUUUUGGGGGGGUCAUAAUGUUCUUUUUCUGCCUCCACAGAGUGUCUGCGUCAAAUGGAAAGUAAUAUAUUGAAAAUGGCUGAUCGUACUGUAUUGUGUUUAGCUUAUAAUGGUGAUUCUUGUGAAUCAGUUCAAAGUUAUGCCUAGCUCCCUUGCUAUGUAAGUAUAUUAUGCACUCUGUAUUUGAUAGCAGAAAACUGUACGAUACACUUCAGUCAGUCAGUAAAGUUACUGGAGUGGUCUUUUUUGUUGUUGUUGCUCACUUUAAUAAAAAAAGAA